AUGCCAUAUGACCUCUUGGUGGGACAAAGAGGGGGACCCAAAAGUACAUCUACCAAGAGAGAGACAGACAAGGUUCUCUUGUUCAUUUUUAUAAUCACAGGAGAGAAUCCAAAGAGAGUGAAGAGAACAAGAAUGGGUAACAGUUUAGGAGGAAAAAAAACAGCUAAGGUUAUGAAAAUCACCGGCGAGACAAUCAAGUUAAAGACUCCUGUGAAGGCCGGUGAGGUUGUUAAGGACUAUCCCGGCCAUGUUUUGUUAGAUUCCGAGGCAGUUAAGCAUUUUGGAAUUCGAGCAAAACCCUUGGAGCUUCACGAGGAACUGAAGAAGAAAAGAGUCUAUUUCCUAGUGGAAUUGCCUAAGUUUCCUGAUGAGAAAGUUCCAAGAAGAGUCCGGUCAGGGAUUCACAUGAGUGCGAAAGACCGGCUCGAGAGCCUAAUGCUGGCUAAGAGAUCUGCAUCGGACCUUUCUGUCAUGAGACCGAGGAACAUUAUGCUCGAGGAGUCGAAGGAAGGAAAAGAAAAUGGUCAUGUGAGGAUGAAAAUGAGGCUUCCCAAGGCAGAGUUGGCACGGUUGAUGACGCAAAGCAAAGACAAGGCCGAGGCAGCUCAGAAGAUUGUAGAUCUUUACAUGGAUAACAACUCCAACGGUGGUGGUGGUGGUGGCAGUGGCAGUGGCGGGGAGGCCGACAAGGUGCAUGAUGGUGCAUUGUUGCACCAACAAUUGCAUUGGAAUGGUGGCAGUCAAGGAAGAGCUAAGAAGAGAGUCGGUUUUCUGCUCGUCGAUGAACAGGAGAUUCAAUUAGCUGUGGCCUCUUAG